CCGAAGGAAAUCAACGUCCCUUUCGCUCCUCAUCAUUAUCUCAAGACCCCUCCAGACAACCAAGGCAAGAUACCAAUGAUGCACGUCCUUCAGCGUCUCGCCGUUUUUUGCAUCAUCAUCCAGAGUUGCUCCGUGGGCCAACUCUACGCAUACGAUUAUAAGGUCGGCGUACGCUGGGUCGAGCUGCCCAAUGGAGACUCGCUGCCCUCCGGAUGCUUCAGCGGGGUCGGGUCGGUUAGCGAGGCGGAGAGUGAGACUGUUUAUGUUUCAGGCGGUCUAUCCUACGACACCCACGACACCCCCGUCUACAGCGACCUGAUCUACUCCGUCACAACCACCCACAAUGCCCCCGACCCCACCCUCCCCAACGCCGGGGUGAUGUCCUGGGCCGAACUCGACGCUACGCUCCCUUCCCCACGUUUCGGGCACGUCUCGGAAGUCGUCAACGGUCACUAUUUGGUCGUACAUGGCGGACAUGAUGCGACGCCGUUUGAGCCGUCAUUGUAUGAGGAGAAUUCAAAGGAGGGCUUUCUGGAGGAGACGGUGGUUUUUGAUAUGAGUGUUACGCCAUGGGGCGUUGUGACGCUUCACGGGGGGCCGGCGGUGGUGCAUGCGGGGUCGUUUGCGCAUGGAGGGAGGAUGUUUGUGCAGGGAGGAUGGAUCGCAGGUACAGACAUCGCCGAAGACAACACGAAACUCUGGGCCCUCGACUCGACCACCCACCCGACCAAUCCCACGCUCUGGACCUGGUCCGAGCAACCCAUCGUCGGCCCCGCCCUUCCCGUGGGCCCCACCCCCGUAAUCGUCCCCGUCCCACACUACAACUCCACCACCCACGACGCCCUCAUCAUCGUCUCAACCGUCGGACAAACCAUCCUCCCCGACGAAUGUCUCGGUAACAUCUACAUCUGCGCGUGGAUCAUCGAUGACCUAUCGGCAGCCACUUGGACCGUAAGGGGGUACCUGAUGGAUCACCCGGGGUACUUUCCGAUCAUGACCUGGUACCAAUCCCGCAACCCCUUCCUAUCGAGCCUCCCCGACUCGAGACGCUACGUCGCCACCGAGAGCGGGUGGUACCCGGACCUGAUGUACGGCGCGCCAGACAAGUUUAUCCUCGUGCUUGAGCCGGAGAUAAUAUGGCAAGAGGUCAUAGACAGCUAUUCGGUUGAUAGGGCGUCGGGAAUGAUUCUCGCGGGGGCGGAGAAUACGUUCCGGUGGGGUGGGUGUGGGGUGAACGACGAGUACUACCUUCCGACAUCGCAUUUUGCGACGGUGUAUCGCGCGCAGUUUGUCUCGUAUUACCAGACCUCGACACUGGCGAUGUCGAACCCGUCGGAGAGCGCCAUCAGUUAUUCGGCCGACACGCCUGUCGAUAUCGAGAUGACGCUCCGCGACAAGAACGGGGAAGUGAAGUGGGGCCCCUUCGACGACUAUAUGCGGAUCGACGCCUACGUCGUUGACAAAGACCACAGGGACUCGAGGAGCGCGUGUACUGUCGACCAGGCGAAGGCAUCAAAGGCGAUGAUCCAUUGUCCGCGGAGUAUCACGGAUUUCAGCGUGGAGGGGUACUUGAAUAUGGUGGAUGAGCUGCCGGAUUCGGUGGGGUAUACGAUUGUGGGGGAUGGCGAGCAUGUGUCGUUGGAUUUGUCGUGGGUUACGGGGGACGGGGUUGGGAUGGCGAGACAGGGAACUGUGGCGAGGUUUUAUGUGCAUAUUGUUGAUAUGAACGGGGUGGAUGCCGCGGACAAAACCAAGUUGAACGUCACGUUCGUCCCAACGAUCUUCGAUGUCAAUACCACAAUGGUGAACGGGUACGUCCAAAUCGACUACCUCCCCACCACUCUCGGCCUUCUCGCGAUCCACAUCAGCCACAACGGCCAACCUCUCCGGCAAAGCCCUUACACACUAAACGUAACCACCGCCCUCCAACCCUCCGAAAUCCAGCACACCUGGGUCUACACCACCGGCCAUUACUGGGAAUCCCUUACCACAACAGGUUCCAUUCCACCUGAACGCUGCGAAUGCAGCAUGUCCAAUUUCCCCGACGACUCGGCCGCCCUGCUCACCGGCGGGCUCAACGGCACCGACGUCUACUCCGACAUGUACACGUUCAACUACACCACGCUGGAAUGGACGCUCCUAGACACAACAUUGCUGAAACCGUCGAACUCCCACGCGUCGGCGAUGGUGGGCGGGUUUGCGGUGUUCAAUGGCGGGUUUGAUGCGGAUAUGAAUUCAUUGCCGACCGGGACGGUGUUUGAUGUUGAGAAUGGGGAUGUGGAGGAGUCGAUGGGGGCGCAGGUGUGGACAUUUGGGGGAAGUGUGGUCAGUAUGAGGAGCGAGACUGUUUAUAUGAUUAAUCGAGGGAGUAACGGAGGCGGGGACUCCUACUCCAAAUUCGACUUCACGGAGGGAUUCCUCACUCUACCGGCACACGGCGCUACACUCCCUACUCGGCUCUACGGGGGUUUUGCAGUUGCGGUUCCGAAUUUCCGAAACCAGAGCAGGGAUGUGAUCAUCAGUUAUGUGCCUGCGCAUAACUCGGACGAUUCGGAGUUCCAGCGGUGUGGGGAUUUCUAUCCGUAUGGUGACAAGGCUUGUAAUUAUGCGAUCUACGAGUUCGAUAUUGCCACCUCACUCACACACCGCCACAUGCUCCCACGCCCCGGAAUGCCCGAAGUCUACGCAGCGCAGGCCCCCGUCCUCCGCACAGACCCCGACGGCAACCGCUUCGUCAUCUUCUUCGGCGGCGAACAGACCACCGGAUUCUACGACAACGGCAGCGGGUUCAGUAACCAUGUCUGGGCGCUGCAGCUGGAACCGAUCUUUCUCUUUGAAGAGCUGCAAGUGUUCAACAGGGAAUUCCUUUCGCCGCGUACCAGUGCCAAGUUUAUGACUUCGCCCGUACUGGGCGAGGAGGUUGAAGGCAUCAUCUACGGCGGCUGCAGAGACGACAUCGUGUACAAUAGCACCUACAUCCUCCGCCGGGGGCGUCCGACGCCUAGUCUCACGCAGCUCGAGAUCAGUCCCGCCAUUAAAGGCUCUGCAACGGAUGUCUCGUGCGGGAGCGGUGAGAGUUUCAGCGUGUGGUUCCGAUCGCGGAAUCAAAAGGGGGAGCUGCUCGGGUUUGGCGGGGACUCGAUCAACGGGAUUAUGCGGCAUAAAGUUUCCCCAGUCUCUUUGUCGUGUGAGUUCUCCGACGCGGGGAAUGGGACGUACGUCAUCUCGUGUUUGCCGUUUACGUCGGGGGUGUAUGAACUGCAAGUAUUCCAGAACAGUCUGCCUGUAGGCAACUCGACGAUAUUGGUGGAGGUUGUCGCGGGUGUGAAUGCGACGGCGAAGGCGUCGUAUGUGGAGAAGUUCAUUGACGGGAGUGUUGCGGCCGCGACGGUGGGGAGUGCGAGUGUGUAUAAGGUGGGGUUGAGGGAUAUGUAUGGGAAUCCGAUCAGUGACUGGAGUCGGACAUCGGUCAGCGCUGUUGUUACGAAGGCUUCUACGGGCGCUUUGCGGCGGCGAGCGGCGACGAAUGACAAGGUGUUGCCGUCGACGGUUAGAGUGGAGAAUUCUACGGCAUAUGUUUCAUUCAUACCGGACACUGCUGGUUCCUUCAGCAUCGGGGUGAAGCUGAACGACCAGGAUGUCAGCGGAUCACCGUUCGAGGUUCAGGCGUUACCUGCCGCGGAUGUUGCUCUACCGUAUGUGCGCCGUACAGAGCCCGUGGGCAUAUUCCUGCUCUUCCUCAGUGCUCUGGGAAUCGCAACUUCGUCCUUCGCAUUGAUCUUGUUAUUACUCCAACCGGAUGUCCGCCAUGCCCGCGAAGGGCUUUCCCUUCUUGGAACGACAACGGCGUACGUUACCAACAUCGUACAACUCGGUGCACCCUCACAAGAGCUAUGCGUAGUACGGCCAGUACUCGGAGCGCUGUCCGGCGGCCUCGUUCUCGGCGUAUGGUUCGCAACCCUGUUUAGUCAGCGGGCAUACACCGCGAUCCCAAAGUUUGCGCCGCUGGUUGGCAUGAACUGCCGGUUUUUGGCGGCUACCACAGCAGCAACUGUAGCAUCUCUCGAGAUCAUUGCGCUGGUCAUCACACUUCGUGAGAGUUCGACCCUUGUGGUCAUCCCUACGGGGGAAACCGCUAACAACGACGUAUGCCAGGGGUCCAAAGACCUCGUGCAUCUCUACACCGCUUCCGGAGCAGUCUUUGCAACGUCGUUGUUGGCUGCUUCACAGUGGAACUGGAAAGCAGGCAACAACACCUUCUUCUGGUACGCCAACUGCAACACCGCCGUCAUCGCAUUGAUCGUAAUUGCAUUGAACUACCUCCUGGGCACAUCCGUCCCACGCAUCCUCCAAAUCAUCCGCCAAAUCUUCCUCUUCAUCGGGGCAACCGGGCUCAUCAUUCCAAAUGUGCACACUCUACUCGUCAAGUACGGAUUCAUCGAGGCGAACAAGCGCAAGGACGUCGAUUUCAUGUCAAACAUGACGAAAACACCCACCGAGCGCGCGGCGAUCGGGAUGGCGAAUAUCGACAAGCAGUUGAAUAUGGCGGCGCUGGCGGAGGAGGAUGCGGUUUUGGAUCUGCCGCCUGGUGGUGCCGUUGCGCAGAUGCGGCGGAUACCGGCGGUGGCGUUUAUGGAGAAUCGGAAUGCGUGGACGAGUUGUAAAGUCAUGAUUGUGCAGAAUAUGAACAAGGUUUUGAUUGAUUGGGGUGAUGGCAAGGUCACAACAUUCAAUGCCAAAAGCAUCACAGAAUUCGAAGAAAUGGACCAGCAACUAAACGACGAGGACUACUCCCCCACCACCCACCACGGCCUAGCCUUCACUUACCACGACAUUCCGUCUGUGGUGUUCUUCCACACUCCUCAAGAUAGAACAGAAGUGCAGCAGAGCUUGAUGAAGGAGAGCGCGAUGGGUCAGGCCUCACAAGGCAUUGUGCGUACUGGGAAGAUGAAUGUAACGUCGGAUGUUGAGGAGGGGAGGACACAACCGGUUAAGUCGAAGUGAUCUCAGCAGAGACUUUCCUUUGAGGGCAUUGGCUAUCCGUUCUUGGCUCGACUCUAAGGCGCUGCGUCGAAAUGACGAAGUGAUCGUAGAUCCUAAUGACACCUUGAAUGCAUGGGAGUCUUGAUUACAUGUAAGGCGCUGCGUUUAGCAACUUUUUGCCUCGGGGGUUGGAUUUUUUGGACAUGCAUUUAUCAUGGCUCUUGUCAUUCCUAAC